AUGGCACUUGAAGCCAAUUUUUUUUUUGGUUUUAUUGAUGACAAUCUUCUUAAACCUGAACCUAACAAUCCAAAUUUCUCUCAUUGGAUCCGUUGUAACAAUAUGUUCCAAUCUUGGCUUAUACAUUCCACUAUUCUCACUAUAGCCAAUUCCCUCAUAUGGAUUAAUAGUGCUCGUGAUAUAUGGCUUGAUCUUCUUAUUCGUUUUACUCAGAAAAAUGCACCUCACAUUUUUGAAAUUCGUCGCGUCAUUGCAAAUAUUUCUCAAGGCACCGAAUCUAUUGCCACUUAUUAUACUGAAAUUAAAGCCUAUAGAGAUGAGCUUAAUUCUUAUCAAACUCUCCCUUCUAGUGUUUGCGGUGCUAUACCAAAUUUCAAUGAGGUUUAUGCCACUGGGUAUCUUAUGGAUUCUUUACAAGGUUUAAAUGAUUCAUAUGCAUCUGUUCGUAGCCAAAUACUACUCAUGGAUCCCCUCCCUUCAGUUCCCAAAGCCUACUCACUUUUCUUACAAGAAGAGCGUCAACUUUCAUUAUCUGAUUCACAUUAUGUGUCAAUAAAUCAAUCCGCCAUGGCUGUUCAACAAUUAAAUUCCUCAAAAGGGACCGAUUCUAAACCCAAUUAUUAUUGUUCCAUUUGCAAGGUUGAUGGACAUUCAGAUACUCGUUUCUACUCAAAGAUUGGUUAUCCUUCUUGGUGGAAAUAUAAUAUUGGCUCUAACAAAUCCCGUCGUGGUUCCUCUUCUCGUGAUGGUCGCAGAACUGGACUCUCUGCAUCACCAGAUCAUUCUAAUGCUGCUAUUAUUCCAACUCUGGAUUCUCAGUCUUCAUCGAGUUUAACUCCAACUCAGAUUCAACAGCUACUCUCUCUCCUUCAAAAUGGUAAUGGUCGGCCUCUUGCAAAUUUCACAGGUCUUGUAAUUCAAAAUGUUCUACAUGUCCCUUCAUUUCAAUUUAACCUUUUGUCCAUUAGUAAGCUAUCUAAAGAUACUAACUCUUGGAUCACUUUCACUCCUACUUCAUGUUUAUUACAAGACCAGAGGACGAAGGGGAUUAUUGUGAUGGAUGAACAACUUAAAGGUCUCUACACCAUGAUAACUGACUCACCCUUCCCUUUACCUUUACCACCUAUAGAUGACACAAGAUCUCCGGCUUAUCCUUUCAUAGAAGAAGAAUUACCACCCACUAAUAAAUCCACCCCCACAAACAUUUCAGUUGCAUCCCCUCCACCUUCAGACCAUGUUCCACCUACACAAAUAGAAAUUUCAGUUACGUCCCCUACACCUCCAGACCAUGUUCCACCUACACAAAUAGCCUUGGAACCCGACUACCUUGAAGAACAUUUAGUUAAUCAGAACCCUUUGCCAAAUAUUUCUCGUCGUUUAUCACACAUCAUAAAACAUCCAUGCCACCUUGAUGAUUAUAUAUGCUCCCUCACCUCAUCACAAUCAUCCUCUUCUCCAAAUGAUUAUGGUAUUCUUUAUCCUCUUUCUAACUCCUUAUCUUAUCAUUUUUUUGUUCUUCACAUUGUUUUUUUCUUUCUUCAAUAG